AUGCUUCCCGUCCUUCUCAAGCGAGUUCAGGCAAUCCUGGAUUUCUUGCAGCACUCGUCAAACGACCGCUCGCUUCUGUCGGAUUCCCCACUACAAAACACUAUUUUCUGCUCCCUAUCGAGAGUCGAAAGUGAAGUCAAGUUUCUUGACGAAACCAUUCGGCGACAUCUCCACUGCUUCAGUCAGCCUGGUCGAUUGUCGAGCGUCAGUCCAGUCUAUGAACCCUCAUCGACACAAAAUUCUUCUAUAGGUCCCAACGCUGGCAAGCUUGUUGAGGCGCAAGCAUGCGUCCUGUCCGUUCGCUUACCGUCUAGUUCCUCCAUCGUCACCUGCAGGGAAGAAGCGUUUAGUGCACCUCUGAAUUCGACAUCGCUCGCAGAGACCAAUACAAGUCUGACCGGAGUCGAUCGUGCCACUGUCAGAGGAUGCCGAGCCGACCCGGCAUCCCGUGAUGUGUGUUUCGUUGACUUAACAACAGAGCACAGCCCCAGGUAUGGGGCCGAACCGAAUGCAGCGUCUUUUAUCGACGUCGGCCCCGAUCACAACCCCGACCCUGCCACCGAACCGAGAACCAGCCAUGGGUCUUUCUCGAGGUCCAUCGUGAAAUUGAUUGAUAAAGCAGUCGAGCAUGUCCACGUUGGUUGGCUGUCAUGUCGCGACCAAGCUCAUUUCAGACAAAGGCUGGAUCAAUUUUGUCCAGGACGGUAUGUUGAUGACGUUCUUCUUCUUGCCAUUCUUCAAUCAGUUUGUGGCACUUCUACACUUCACACCAUAGACCCAUUGCUUGUGCAGUUCUCGGAGCCGUUCUUGCCCUCGGGAGCCUCUGCGUUCGCCAAAGGGUUUGACGGUGUGGUACUGCCAAUCAACGUCAACGCGGCAGAUCAAAUGUCAGAUUACAAUAGAAAUCAUUGGGUACUCGCAAUUGUCAACUGGAAAACAGAGACAUUCGACGGCUUUGGAAUGCAACCAACUGCUUUUUCUCGAUGGAGCGUAAGGAUCGAUGAAUAUGUCUCGGAACUUCGCGGCGCUGUCAUCCAACUGGACAAAAGAUCUCACGAACUGGGACCAUACUGGGAGGACUCAUGCUGCGCUUUCCUCUGCGCUUACGCUCUUGAACGGUAUUUGGGUCGAGCACCUCAUCGUCAGGAACGAUGGCCCACGGGUCCUGCCUUGAGAAAGCAUUACCUGCGCAAACUACUCAAUCAAUGGGAGCUGCCCGCCGGCCGUCGUACCAAAGGGCCGCGGCAUUCGGGACUUGGUGGCGGACCAAGCUCUGGAUGA